AUGACAGAAGCUAUCCGUUCCGAGACAAUCGAGAAAGAACUCGGGCCUAAGCUAUCAGUUGAAGCUCGACUACACUUGCCUGAAUCAGCUGGCUUCGACAAGUCGAACCUGCGCUUCACAGAAUAUGAGAGACCGACGUACCUGGCGGCUGUUGAGCCGGGCUGCGACGAAGACGUGGUCCAGGUGGUGAAAUACGCGAGGGAGAAAGGCGUUCCAUUCGCGCCUCGUUCAGGACAUCAUGCCGUGACAACGACGAUGCGUCAUUUGAAGAAUGGGAUCCUCAUCGAUAUGAGGCCUUUGAACAGGCUGAGCUUCGAUGCCGAGAGCCAACAGGUAACCGUUGGAGGGGGCGUACUAACGGACGAUUUUGUAAAAUUCCUCCAAUCCGUCGGAAUGGAAGUCAGUGUUAUCGGAGUAGCGUUCGGGGCCGGACUUGGUCGUCUCCAGGGCAAAUACGGUUUCUUACAUGACAAUAUGGUAUCCUGUAAGCUGAUUCUUGCCGAUGGGCGGGUUGUCAUAGUGUCAAAGGAUUCAGAACCCGAUCUAUUCUGGGCUAUUCGAGGUGCCGGGCACAACUUUGGCAUCGCCCUGGAGGCCACAUUCCGAGUUUAUCCCCAGGCAAACAAGGGAAUACACUAUACGUGGGACCUAGAGUAUACUCUGGAUCAGUGCGAUGCUGUCUUUGACACACUCAACAGCGUGCACGAGAGUAUGCCUGCGGAGCUGGCAAUCUUUGUGCUUUGGCUCCGUCAGAGCGAAGGAGGCCGAAAGCACCAUAUACUCGUCAAUAUUGUCUGGUCAGGCAGCGAACUCGAGGCAGCUCCUUGGGUCAGCCGGUUCGAAAGCCUGAACCCUGUCCUCAACAGCGGUAAAGUAGCAAUCAGCUGGGCUGAUCUCCCAUGGACUACAUACAAGGGAAUGAACAAGAUCCUUAGCAAACCAGAGGUGUGGUCACUGGCUCCCAACAAGAUGAUGGGCGCGGCCUGCGUGGAGAAAUUCGACCUCAAAACAACUCGGGCUUUCCUGGAGAGUGUCAAGGCAAUGAACGAGGAGUGGGCCGGCAAAGGCACUUUCGGGGCCAUGUUCGAAUGUUUGCCACACCAAAAAGUUAGAGAACUGUCCGAUGAGGCGACAGCUUUCCCAUGGCGCUGGGGCUCGAACCAUUUCUUAAUGCUCAUGGCCACACCUUUGAAGACGGAACAUAGGGAGGCGUUUGAAGCUCACCUUGACCACUGGAAGAAAGAGUUUAUUGCAACAUCUGGCUACGGCAGAUUGCAGCAGUACGUGAACUAUGGAAACACUACGUCGACGAUGAGAGACCCUCCGGAGGCUUUGUAUGGCUAUGAUUCAUGGAGAUUGGAGAAGUUACGCGCCUUGAAGAGACGCUACGACCCUGAAAAUGUAUUUCGUUGGUACCAACCAUUGAUGGAGGAGAGCUAG